UAGAAUUUAUAUUUCUCUCCAAGGCAUUUAUAUUUCAGGCAAAAUUGAAGGUUGUUCCCUGCUUAAAGAACGAGACUGAACAUUACUCGGAUACCUACAUGUGCACAAAAAGCUUGGGAGGGGAUUCAUGCGAAGGCGAUUCCGGGGGACCCUUGUUCUUUCAGCAGGGGGAACAGUUUUUUCAGGCAGGAGUAAUCAGCUCUGGACAUAGUUUGCUCUGUGGAGAAGGAACAGGGUUUAGCACUGAUCUAAAACUGCUAGGGGACUGGGUUAGAGAUAACAUCGAGGGCGAGUUUGAGACUUGGCAAACCUCGCUAGGAGCAGAAAAAGAGGAAAUAAAACAGGAUAUUGAAGGAAGUGAUAUUCAAAUAAUUACUAAUAUUCAGAGGAUCCGUAUCCGUUGGAUCCAGAUUCGCAAACAUAUGCGCCUCCGCGAAUACGGAUCCAAGGUGCAAAAUAUCAACAAAAACUGUCCAAAAAAAAACUGAACUAUAAAAGAAAGAGAUUUUAAAAAUUUUCCACAUCUCUGAACCCUUCAUCGAAAUUAUUUUAAACUCUUUUUCAAAAAUCUAGUAAAUCUUAAAGAAAAGUUAAUGACCUGUAUCCGGAUCCGAAUCUAAAUGUAAUGGAUUCUAAGCACUUCUGAUCUUGGUCCUUUUCACUUCUCUUUUACUACUUUGAUACACUGAGAACGAGAAACUAUGGAACAUUAAGACGACGUUAACGCGAAAUAUUAUAUUUUUGUUCCAAAGCAAAUAGUUUUAGUUGUUUCUUAUCAAAGCACUUUAUAUGUGAAAAGGGUCUGUAUCGCUGCAAGAUUGCUGUGUCUUAUAUUCAUUGAACUACAGAGUUACCCACAAAGGAUGAGACUGUAAAGACGACCCAAAAAUCUAAAAAUAUGACGAUUUAAAGCUUGGAUUUUGGUUUCUGCACUCGAUUGAGAAUGACGAUGGUUUACUAAAUGAUUAAGAACAGAAAUAAGCCAUUUUUAGCAUACAAGGAACCCUGAAUGCA